AUGUUUGCGAGAAUAUCAGGACAGGUUAUUACGAAGAAGCCCCUAAAACAAUGGGUAAAAGUCGUCACGCAGUUUCGAAAGGCUUCAGGUAGUGCUAGUGAUUCUAAGGUGAUUUUGAAGAAUAAUAAGGUUAUUGCUGCAACAGCAGCAGCUGCUGCCGCGGCAGGUGUUGGUUAUUUUUUUAUAGCAAAUCCAAUUCAUGCUAAUAUGGCCGAUGAAGGCCUUCAUGCACCAAUGUAUCCUUGGCCUCACCGAGGUAUCUUCAGUACUUUUGAUCAUGCCAGAGAGGUAUGUUCCACUUGUCACUCUCUUGAUCGUAUUGCUUGGCGUAAUUUGGUGGGAGUUUCACAUACAAUUGAAGAAGUGAAAAAAAUGGCAGAGGAAUUUGAAUAUAAAGAUGGCCCAGAUGAAGAAGGUGAAUAUUUUCAAAGACCGGGAAGACCUUCUGAUUAUAUGCCACGACCAUAUCCAAAUGACGAAGCUGCUCGAGCAGCUAAUGCGGGAGCUUUACCUCCAGACCUGUCAUUAAUGACCAAAGCCCGUCACGGUGGUAUAGAUUAUAUAUUUUCACUUUUAACUGGGUACGUGGAUCCACCAGCAGGUGUUGAGAUUAGAGAAGGAUUAAAUUAUAAUCCUUAUUUCCCUGAUGUAGCAACAUUUCUAUCUUGGGCUGCAGAACCUGAGCAUGAUGACCGUAAAAAAAUGGGAGUAAAAGCAAUAUUCAUUUUGUCAAUUUUGACUGGUUUAUCUAUUUGGUUGAAACGAUUUAGGUGGACAACCUUAAAAUCCAGAAGAAUUGUAUUCGCACCUCCUACCUCUAAGUAA